AUGUCCAAAGGCAAGGUCAAGAUUGAGCAGAAGAUGAAGGACGUGGACGUCAUCCUCGAAGUUCGAGAUGCCCGAGCACCCUUUACUUCUGCUCAGUUUGAGCUGACCACGAACCUUCCGAGCAACGUGCAGCGUUUGGUGGUAUUGAACAAGGCCGAUCUGGUGACGCCCAACGUGGGACUGGCCAUGAGGGGCCUCAUCGAAGAGGCAGGGCAACCCUGUCUUCUGACAACGGCGGCGGAGAACAGGAACCUGAUCAAGAUCAAGCAGUUUGCCCUGGACAGCGUGAGAUCGAAGCAUCCCCGUACCCUCGGAGUGAUGCUGAUGGUGGUGGGCCUGCCGAAUGUCGGGAAGUCGACGAUCAUCAGCGGUUUGAAGCGGAUCGCUUUUGCUACCCUGCGCCAUCAAGGGCCGAACAGCAAGCUGAUGCAGGGGGUCCCACGGCGGUAUUAA